CACUGCCAGUGCAGACGCGAAGAUGGAUGAAUCCCCUGCUCUGCCGCCGCCUGCUGAAGGCCUGAGGUAUUCUGCUGACCAGCAAAUCUCUAUUCCAACGCUCCCUGAUGCUUCCCCCAUUGCAAACCAUAUCGAUAUCCCGAAGAGAGAGAGUCCCGAUUCGCCGCUUCUGCCUGACGUCACCACCAGCCGGCAAGACGGCCUCGAGGAGAGUGGCUGGUGCUGCUUCUGGGCGGGUUUGUGUCCGCUCUGCGUUGAUCAUCCCACAGUAUGAACAAUGGGCUGCACACGAGGGAGGACGGCUCACUGAGUCAAGCCAACUCUGCUGUGCCUGUCUCCGCUCUGCAGAUAAUCCUGGUGUACAUGCGCUGCUGGGAGGUAAAGCACCAAAGUCAGAGCCUAAAUACAGCUGUGUCUGUGGUGCGUCUCAUUGUAAUUAUGCCGCACAGGUAGCUGUUGGCGUGGUGAGUGCCCUUGAAUCGCUCAAGUCCAUCAAGCCGCCCAAAGAUUCUCUUCUUGCCCUGCUCUUUCUCGUUGCUGCAUUGGCCGCGAUUGUACCGCAUGUUUGGCUGUGUCUCAAACCAAAGAAGCCUCGGCGUCUCACGCCCUUGUACGUCCAUCAGUGUGUCUUGGCGGCGCUGGCGAUAGUGUAUGCGCUCAUCCUCUGGUACGUCUGGCGCGGACAGCCCAGAAAGACAGGUAAUGCGGCCAUUCGCGAAGAGACAGGAGGCCAGGCAGCAAUCAUCAUUCAGUAUCCAGCCGUCCUUCUGUGUCCGUGACUUGUCAUGGCAGGCCACGCUCCUCGCCUUGCCGUCGUCUACACGACUGUCAUCGCCCCUUUCCUGAUGGUGCACCUCUUCUGGGGCACCGUAGCCUGCCAGUACGCUGCGUGGGAGCGAAAGAGACUGAGUCUUCUCGCAGAGGCAAGGCGCAGCAAGAGGCUGCGACAAGCGAGGCAGCCCGGCCCGGCGGACAAUGUGAUUGUGACUGACGGGCCGUAAGCCAGUGAAUCGACUUGGCCGACGGAGCAAAAUAGGGAUUGCGUGCGUGGGGCGCAGUGACGUUUUCGCUAGGGAUGGUCACACAGCAGGCAGCCCUGUCAUUCUAGGAACGAGGACUGACAAGCAGCGAUGAACGAACAGUCACUGAACAUGAUGAG